ACCGAAAUUGAGGCCCAACAAGGACUGGCAUUCCUCACCGCUACCCAGCCACCAGAGUCUGGAGGAGGUUGUUGGGUCUCAAAUCACCUAAACCUGACUAAUCUUCCAUCCAUCUAUACCGGUGCUUCUUCAUCAAAUGGUCUCAACAGCUUACCACCUCCGAUUCCAAUGAAGCCCGGCGACCUGUCAAGUCGAGCUUGGAGUCUGCCAAAGGCUAUUACAGUUUCUACAACGAAUGCAGCUCAGCUGACAAUAGCCAGUUCGAAUGAGUCCUUGGAAAUGGCGCCUGAGCCACCCCAAAGGCUUUCCUCAUGUCGACGCAGUAGACGGCACACUGAAGAGCUACUGGCGCAGGAGGGUGGUUCACUCCACAAGGCCAGACGUGGUCAAUUUGGUUUCAGGCGUGGAGCUCGAAAAAUGGCAUCACAGGGGCCCAACCUUGUCAUGGCACCUUCUCCUAGAGUUAGUUAG